UGCCGGAGCCGGGAGUCUAUGGUGGUGGAGGACUGAGUGCCUGGCACGGGCGUGGUCCCCGGGCACCGCCCGCGAGGCGGCUCGAGCCGGGCCUGGGGCAGUGCAGUGCCGCGCGGGGUUGGAGAAUGCUGGCCCUCAGGUCUGCCUGCAAUCAUUCCCUACCCUCUGUAGUGUGCACUUCACCCCACAAUUUAGUAUCAUCCGCAAACUUGGACAGAGUACACUUCACACCCACAUCCAAGUCACUGAUGAAGAUAUUGAAGAGUACAGGUCCAAGGACCGAACCCUGUGUGACCCCACUACCCACCUUGUUCCAGGUUGAUACUGACCCAUCUACUACCACUCUCUGGGUGCGACUGCUAAGCCAAUUUGCCACCCACUGGACAGUGUAAACAUAUUAUGUACAGUAAAGAAGACCACUUCUGUUCUGGUGAGGGCAUUGACUUCCCAGAGCAAUGGUUCCAAGUCUCUUCCAGAUAUGUCUGAAGGGCACUUACCUAUUCAUGUGAAUAAUGUGCGAAGCAGAUUGAGGGCUAUAGUGGGAGCUUCUACCAACUGGAGAGACCAUGUGCAAGCCAUGCAAGAAAGGAAAGCUCUACAUAACUUACUGGCCCAAAAGCAGGAAGACCUGCCUCCCAAGAAAAUGAAAGACAGCUACAUAGAGGUCAUUUUGCCUCUAGGGAGCCAACCUGAAAUAAGAGAGAAAUAUUUGAAUGUACACAACAGUGUAAGGUUUGGAAGGAUUCUUGAAGAUCUCGACAGCUUAGGAGUUCUCAUUUGUUACACUCACACCAAGCAUGAAUCUCACCAGCGAUCUCCUUUAUCAAUAGUUACAGCCCUGGUGGAUAAAAUUAAUUUGUGCAAGAAGGUCAUAUACCCAGACUGUGAUAUCAAAUUCACUGGCAGUGUUUCUUGGGUUGGGAAGACAUCAAUGGAAGUAAAGAUGCACAUGCUUCAGGAAUAUGAUGGUGUUUACAGCCCUGUAUUAGAUGCAACCUUUGUCAUGGUGGCUCGUGAUCCAGAAAACAAAAGGUCAGCAUUUGUUAAUCCAUUAAUUCCUGAUGGCCCAAGGGAGGAAGAAGUGUUCAAGCAAGGAGCAUUGAACAAGAUCAAGAGGACAGAUUUCAGCACUGCAUCCUUACUGAAAAUGGCUCCUACUGCAGAAGAAAGAAACAUUGUCCACAACAUGUUCCUUAAUACAUUGGAUACAAGGACAGUAAGUUUUCGGAGCCGUGUGCUACCACCUAAUUCAGUGUGGAUGGAGGAUGCGAAGCUAAAGGGCUUGCAAAUCUGUCAUCCCCAGGAGCGGAACAUUUUCAAUAGGAUCUUUGGCGGUUUUCUGAUGAGAAAAGCAUUUGAGCUGGGAUGGGCUACUGCCUGCAAUUAUGGAGGUUCAAGACCUUUCAUUGUGUCUGUAGAUGACAUCAUGUUUCAGCGACCAGUGGAGAUUGGAUCCUUAUUAUUACUUUCUGCCCAGGUUUGUUACACAGAAAAAAACUAUAUCCAGAUAAGAGUACACAGUGAGGUUUAUGACACAGACAUCAAGGAACACAAGACAACCAACAUCUUCCAUUUCACGUUUAUGUCAGAAAAUGAAGUUCCUCAGAUUGUGCCAAAAACAUAUGGUGAGUCCAUGUUGUAUUUGGAUGGGAAGCGACAUUUCAGUGCAACCAUGAAGGAAACCAGAGAAGCAAUGAAUGCCCCUGCAGCAGCCUAGCAAAAGGCUACGUUUUAGAGGAGCCAUCACCAAAGACUUCUUGCUUCAUUUAUGCAACGUGUUGGUGUUGGCAUUCCUGCCCUUUGAAGCAGUUUGAUUAUGAAUGUAAUAAUCUGGAAUUCAUCAGGCAUAUACAAAAUGAAAAUCAUUUAGUGCUAUUUAUACGUCUAGCUGGAGAGGCAUUUCGAUAGCGUAGUGCUGCUUUCUGCCCCCCGCCCCUCUCCCCCCCCCACCGACUCCUUCUGCAGUCCCAUCCCAUUAGAACUUCCAUAGUUAAGACACACAGCUUUUAAAGCCAGUUUUCAUAUUGCUAUAGAAGGGUGAAAACAUAGUCUAGAGCAGUGGUUCUCAAUCUCCUUUGGACUCAUAGCCCCCUCCAUAACUCUUAUACAUUUUGGCACCCAGUUUCAAAAACUAAUUUAUAUAUUACAAUGCUUACCUCUUUGCAGAGAAGCCUGGUAGUGCGGGUAGGGGCUUGUAUAAGCAGGGACAAGUCUGAGCCUGUACUUGUCUGCUUAGUUUAUCUGCUUAUCUCCUGAUACCUGCAACACCCUUAAAAGGAUCUUAAGUCACCCCAGGAUGCCUGUCAACUGCUUGAGUAUCACUGGUCAAAACUCUAAAAGUAUACUGUCAAAAUGCCACCAUUUUUAUCUCUUGCUUCACUAUCACCUUUGAUUCUUCCUACUUGUUUCUCUGAUACAGGAAAGCUCUCCAAAAUGAGGGCUGCAAGUGUAAUCCUGUUGGUUUAUUUAUAUACCUGUACCUGACUCAAGUUCUUGUCCAAGUCACAUUCAGCCUCCUUGUAGGUUCUCAAGGACACUUCUCAACAGCAGGAGGGUGGCAUGAUAGGCACAUUUUGUUGCAUGUGCAUCUUUCAUAAGACAGAAUUUUGUAAGGUAAUUGCAGAGCCCUGCUGUAAGAGUCUGAUGUUGUGCGUUUCCUAUUCUUUUUUGAGGACGACCUCCGACUCUUUCAACCCCCCCAAAAUGAUUUUGCCAGAUGUGAAGUUUGUACCCCUGUACACAGGAUCCCACUCUUCUUUUUGUGCACGUGCACUCUUUCCUGCAUUAGCUUUGUAAUGCAGCAAAGGCAAGAUGGCGCAUGAGGCAAAUUCCUGAGUGAAUAUCAAGGGGGUGGGAAAGGGGCUUUAGUAGAGCAGAAUGUGUACUGCAACAGAUAAAGCCUGUGUGAAGGCUGCUUAGAACAGCAUUGAUCUCUCUCUGUAGGGCCUAACAAAUCUAUUGAAUAGUUCUUGGAUCAGUUAGUGGGGUUGGGGAGACCGCAGUAUCCUCAGGCCCAGACAGGUUCCAACACACGUGAAGUCUAUUGACCUCUGUUGCUAGAAGACAGAAUCCUUGGCUGUAGAAUAGAUCUGUGCUUGGUCAUAAUGACAUAAUAACGUUGUACAGCUUUUACUACAAACAGCAGAAAGGAUAUUGUGUCCACAUGAAAUAUGGAGCAGUUUUCCAGUGUGAAGAGGACUCAAAAACCUGCUUAAGUUUUAGAGAGAAAUAGGAGGGGUGAAUGGAUCACAGGGAUAGACCUAGAUUAGGUUGUGACCAAUGACAGGCUAUGUGUUGAGGAAGAUGGAAGGUAGCUUAGAGUCCUCUUUUUUUUUUUUUAAAUAAUGUUGCCACAAAAAAGGAAAGGAGAAGGUUUUCCUUUUUCUUUUAUGGAGACGUGCAGCUUAGGUACAGACAAAACCAGAGGUGGUUAGUCAUGUUAGUCUGAAGUCAGGAGGAAGGAAGGGCAGGGUUCAGCAACCUCAGGGCAAGAUCCAGCUUGCCAAGAGAUUGGCUCUGGCUUGUGAAGGUCUGAUCUCUUCUAUGUUUUAUUAAUGGUGCUCUGAUCCAUUGCUGCUGUUCAGCUGCCAGAUCCAUUCUGCUGUUUACCAGGAGCCGUCUUAUCUCCUCUUGCUGUCCCAGCCCUCCUUGCUUUGUGUAGAGGGUUGCUGUCUUGCCCUCUAAUGACGUUUCCCCAAAAUUUGCUGCUGAAUUAGCCAGUCCAAAUGCCAGCAUGUCUUUUUUGGGGAGGCUUCAUUAUGGCAUGCUGAGAGAGCAGGUGUCAGUACAGAGCACAGAUGACUAAACUUGCAGUAGAGGAUUGGCAGCCUGCCGCUGUGGCUGGGUUGCAAAUCCUGGCCUGUGCCUGGGGGUAUCUGAAACAUAUCUUGCUUGACCAAUCUCAUUUCCUUCUACGACCAGGUGACCUAUCACCUGGACAAGGGAGUUGAGAUUGAUGCCAUAUAUCUUGACUUCAAAAAAGCCUUCGAUCUGGUGUCCCAUGAUCGUCUCUUGGAGAAACUGGCCAAUUGUUGCCUUGGGUCCUCCACGAUCCACUGGCUGGAAAAUUGGCUCUGGGGUCGGACCCAGAGGGUAGUAAUUGAUGGAAGUCACUCAUCGUGGUGUUCUGUGACCAGUGGGGUCCCCCAAGGCUCUGUCCUUGGACCCAUACUGUUCAACAUCUUCAUUAAUGAUGUGGACACUGGAGUCAGAAGCGGACUGGCCAAGUUCGUCGAUGACACCAAACUUUGGGGCAAAGCAUCCACACCAGAAGACAGGCGGGUGAUCCAGGCUGACCUGGACAGGCUCAACAAGUGGGCGGACGAGAAUCUGAUGUUCAACGCCGAUAAAUGCAAGGUUCUCCACCUUGGGAAGAAAAACCCGCAGCAUCCUUAUAGGCUCGGCAGUGCUAUGUUGGCUAGCACUAUGGAAGAAAGAGACUUGGGGGUCAUCAUUGACCACAAGAUGAACAUGAGUCUGCAGUGCGAUGCUGCGGCUAGUUAAGUGACCAAAACGCUGGCUUGCAUCCAUAGAUGCUUCUCAAGCAAAUCCCAGGACGUCAUUCUCCCCCUGUACUCGGCCUUAGUGAGGCCGCAGCUGGAGUACUGCGUCCAGUUUUGGGCUCCACAAUUGAAAAAGGAUGUGGAGAAGCUUGAGAGAGUCCAGAGAAGAGCCACGCGCAUGAUCAGAGGUCAGGGAAGCAGACCCUACGAUGACAGGCUGAGAGCCCUGGGGCUCUUUAGCCUGGAAAAGCGCAGGCUCAGGGGUGAUCUGAUGGCCACCUACAAGUUUAUCGGGGUGACCACCAGUAUCUGGGGGAACGUUUGUUCACCAGAGCGCCCCAAAGGAUGACGAGGUCGAAUGGUCACAAACUACUACAAGAUCGUUUCAGGCUGGACAUAAGAAUUUCUUUACUGUCCGAGCCCCCAAGGUCUGGAACAGCCUGCCACCGGAGGUGGUUCAAGCGCCUAUGUUGAACACCUUCAGGAGCAAACUGGAUGCUUAUCUUGCUGGGAUCCUAUGACCCCAGCUGACUUCCUGCCCUUUGGGCGGGGGGCUGGACUCGAUGAUCUUCCGAGGUCCCUUCCAGCCCUAAUGUCUAUGAAAUCUAUGAAAUUACAAAGACAUUUCAAAAGGCUACCUAUAGAUAUACAGGUGAGAUGAAAUGCUCCCAAGUGUGACAAAAUAGUACCAGGGAGCAGGUACUGAUUGUAUUGUUUUGUUCCACUGUCCAUCUUUGUGGGUUGUCAGUUCUCCAGCAUCCCAAAAUGCAUUGCUUUUCCUACCCCUGUCUGCCCCCAACACGCACCCCUCCUUCUGCUCCUAGUGGGGUCCUAGGCUCUCUGCUGUUCAACACUUUAGUCAGUGAUCCUGAAAUUGAUACAACUCUGAUGAUUCCAUUUGUGGACGACCCAAAGAUUAGUGGAACGGUAAACGGUGAUGAAGGAAAACAGUCAUGUAGAGUUGGACUGAUUGCUUGGUAAUCUGGGUCCAAGCCAAACAAAAAAAAGGUGUUAUAAGAACUUGAGUUGAAAUGUAUUGCAUCUAGGACUAAGAAAUGCAGGCCAUUGCCACAGAACAGGGGACUAGCCUGGAAAGUAAUGACUGAAAAGGUUGAGUGAUUUUCAUGGACAAAGUAAGUCAACCAGACAGAAAACUUUUGACAAAAGAACCAUACAAAUGAUUCAGAGGCUGGAAAAGACUCCCUGUAGUGAGAGUGGAGCUCAGUCUGCUCAGCCUACUAAAAUAUUAGUGGAUGACAUGGUUACAGUGUAUGUAUAAUGGAGAGAGAGACUGGUUUUUUAUGACUCAAGUGUAGAAAAGCAUAAGAAGAACCUAGAGUUGGAAGCUGAAGCCAGGCAGGAUCAAAUGGCACCUCUGGCUUUCCAGAAAUGUAAGUACUAGAGCUGUGGAGUGAGAGCUAUCUGUAGCUCCCUGCUUACAAUCCAGUGCUGGUACUGUGAGUCUCUCUAUUACAUAUAGUAAUGAGUUAAACUGGCUACCUAAUAGUGUGUCCUCAUUUUUGCAUCCAACUAUAAAUAAAGUUUGCCUCCUUUCCAACUGCA